AUGGGAACUGUUCAAUCCAAACGUAAACACAAAUAUCCCAAAAGCACCGACACUCAGGUCGACAGUAGUGGAGUCACGAAUUCGUCGAAUAUCCAAUCUCACCUAUCAUCCUCACCGAACGAACCAAUUUCUUUAUCUGCCUACCAACAAGAGCUUAUCAAACAAGGAUACAUACCACCACAACCGCAAUCACAACAACCACAACCACAACCACAACCACAACCACAACCACAACCACAAUCACAAUCACAAUCACAAAUGCAUCAAAGUUUAAUACCAGGAGGAAGUGGAAAAGGAGGAUCUUAUCCGAAUUCAUUAGACAAUAUUUCACCUCCAACAUAUCCAAAACAUCCAAGCUGGAAAUUACAUAACAACCAAGUAUCCUCACCACAACAACCAGGAGUAGAUUUUUCUGGAUUACAUUCAAACAGUCUAUUUCUUCCAAAAAACUGGGAAAACCAAGACGGUCAAUUUGCGAAACAUUUUGCAUUAAAACACUUGUUUGAAGAUAUCGUUCUUCCGGCUGUAGCAUCUGGUUUGUGUGGACAGCCUUUUGCACGAGUAGCUGAUUUUGGGAGUGGAACUAGUGCAUGGAUUACGGAUAUGGCUUCUCAAUAUGAUGAAUGGGAGUUCAUCGGCAUCCCAGUAACUGGAUUACUGAGUGAUUCUCAAGAUAUCAAUGUCACACCAGACACUUUGGUACUGCCCAAUGUUAAAAUGGAUCCAAGCCUGGAGAACGAUGUCCAAUCAUCAUUAGAAGACUCGAGUGUCGAUCUAGUUAAUAUCUGGGCUCCGGGUCUGGCAUUCGGGAACAGUCAGUGGACACAUGUAUUACAAGAAGCCUACAGGGUUCUUAAGCCUGGUGGAUAUAUACAAAUAGUUGAGUUGCACAACGUGCCUGUUGGGUCAAUCUUGAUAGAAUCGUUCAUCGAUACAGUACGGAAUAUUCUAAAGGGAUUAGACAAGGAUUAUGAUGAUGCGGCUCGGCUCAAGUCCCUUUUACCAACAGUUGGUUUCCAGCUAUUCCAAUAUAUAAAAAGACAUGUGAAAUUAGGUGGAGAGAGUAAUCUUGGCCAAGAGUUCACUGCGGUUAACCUACGGACAUUUCAAUCAGCCCAGAAAUUACUGGCACCACUAAUGGGAAUGAGCCGUGAGGAUUAUCAGCACAGAGUAGAGAUGGUGUGCGCUCAGUGUGUACAGUAUAAUGCUCAUAUGGAUUGGCUAGGUUAUGUGGCCAGAAAGCCACUCCAAAGCCAAUAGACAAACCAAAUCCAUAUGAGCAAAAAACAAAAUGAUUUUGGAUAUUAUCUUGUUUCUUUUAUUAUUAUUAUUAUUUACUUUACCCACUUUAUACUAAAACUACAACUACACCU